UUGCAUCAGUCAGAACUUGAGGUGCACGUAAAGCAGUUCGGGAGAAAGAAAAACAAAUUAAUUAGCAAAUACGAAUCGCAAUAUAUAAUUGGGGCAACAUCAACACCAACACCAAAAUCUACUCCUAAAAAAUCACAACUAACUCAAACCCUAAUUCCUCAUUUGCCUAAAUGUGAACUUUCCAAAUCGCAAUGGACUCCCGAUCCAUUAUUGCAGAGCCUGCGAAGAAAUUAAAUUGGUUGGAUCUUCCGCACGACGUCACUUUGAUGAUCAUUGGGAAACUUACCACAUUUCAUAUCUUAACCAGUGCUCAGUUUGUGUGCCGCAAAUGGUGGCGCAUCUGCAUGGAUCCGCUCAUAUGGCGCACCAUCAACAUGUGCGAUAUUGGGAUUCCCAAUUCGGUGGACUAUAAAUUGGAGAAGAUGUGCCGCCAUGCAAUUGAUCGAAGUUGUGGCCAGUUGGUAGACAUAAGCAUCGAGUAUUUUGGUACCGAUGAUCUCCUCAAAUAUAUAAUUGACUCGGGAUGUCAUAAAUUGCGACGUCUGCGACUUGUUCAAUGCUUCUAUGAAAUUUUAGACAAAGGAUUAUGUGAGAUGGCUGAAAAGCUUCCAUUGUUGGAGGAACUUAAUAUUACUCUUUGUCCCAGAGUAUCUAGUAUUGCUUUAGAAGCAAUUGGCCGAGGUUGUCCUCUUCUAAAAUCAUUCAAGUACAAUCAUGGCGGUAAAAAAGCAACAUUUGCUAUUGCACAAAAUAUGUCCAACUUACGCCAUCUCCAACUUGUUGAAAACCGCUACCUCGACAAUAGUGGCUUGAGCGCCAUUCUUGAUGGAUGUCCUCAUCUUGAAUCUUUGGAUUUACGCCGGUGUUGCAAUGUCAAGUUGGAGGGGAUAUUGAGGACAAGAUGUGAUGAAAAAGUAAAAGAUAUGAAGGAUCCAGAUGCACCUCUUGAUGACUUUGAAUUUUGGGGACUUUGCUUUGAAAGCAUAUACGAUGAUGCAGUAUAUGACUAUCUAAGAGAGAAGCGGUGGGUUCAAGAACGAGAAGCAAGAAGAAUUAAUUCAGGGUCAAGUAGGGAAAAGAAGAAUAAAGCUAAAUCCAAAAGCAAGAAGAAACGUUGA